AUGUGGAGACCACUGUCCGCGAUCGUCUUUCUCAUGGCGAUCUGCCUACUAACUGCCUAUGACGACUACAGCUACGUUGGUUUGAUGCAGUCCCUGGAUGAACUGGCACAACACCACCGCGAUCGGAUCACACUAAGGGAAGUGGGUAUAACGUAUCAGGAUCGUUCCCUAAUACUCGCCAUGAUAACGAACGGAGAUGGGCGACUGGGAAAGAGGGUGAUAUUCGUGGUUGCCGCUUUGCAUGGCGAUUGGAUGUCCGUCCGUGCCGCCUUCAAAACCAUCAAAGACUUGGUGCUAGAUUUCCAGGACAAUGCCGAUCUUCUGGCCGAUUUCGAUUGGCACAUUAUGCCACUGGCGAAUCCGGAUGGUUACGAGUACUCUCGCAAAUUGACUUCGAAUUUUAGGUGGAGUAAAACAAGGACAAGGAAUAACGUCGACUGCAUCGGCACCAAUCUAAACAGGAACUUUGACGUGGGCUGGGGAGUCGGUUUUCCGGAGCUACACGAUCCUUGCGAUCAGAAUUAUGCGGGCAGUGCACCAUUCUCAGAGGUGGAGGCACGUACAGUGCGCGACAUAAUGCAGAACCUGAUAAAAAGUGAGCGAGGCGUCAUGUAUCUUUCCUUGCACACGUUCCUCCGUUCGGUUAUCUAUCCUUGGGUCUAUAACAGUACAUGGGUGCCAAAUCAAGGGGAAAACAUUGAAAUCGCCAAGUUCGUGACCGAUCAAAUAUUUAUAAGAACUGGAAAAGUAAAAGCAGUGGGAGUUCAAUAUGGCAGAAAAUCCGGUGAUACCAGCAUCGAUUACGCCUUUAAAAUGGGAUUUCCCUUAUCGUUUGCCUGUGAGAUGUCGGGAUUGGACCGAGUUAAUAAUUUGGUGAUUUGUAUACGAGCCUUUGGCAAGAAGGCCAUUGAAAAGUAUCCACCCUCCAGGCCAAUACAUCAGUCCGAGGAACACAGACCUACCAAAAAUUCAGCAUCACGGAAUUGGGACUUAGCUCCCGUGCUCUAA